CGCCGUCCGGCUGCGGUCAGUGACUAAGCGACGCUUCACCGAGGCGACUGGCGAUGCAGGAGAAAAUCAACAAAAUGCAGUUUUGAGACUCGAACGCGUCGCUUUAAAGAUAGAGAUGUGAUGAGGAGUGAGCGUCGGAUGUUGCAUUAGUGCCUGUGUGUCAUGCUGGCCUGUCUGCCGGUAUCAACCCCCUCUCUCCAGUUUCUCACCCACACGCAGAUGAACACUGGACUUCAGAAAUGGGACACUACGCAGAAGAUGAGAUCUGCACAGUAUCCAACCCCAGCGGAAUUGGAUGCGUAUGCUAAGAAAGUUGCCAAUAACCCACUGACUAUAAAAAUCUUCCCCAGUAGCGUGAAAGUACCUCAGAGAAAGCAUCUCCGGCGUACAGUGAACGGUCUUGACACAUCCAGUCAGCGAUACAGUCCUUACCCAUCUCAGGUCAGCACCAGGACAGGCCUCUUGGCCAUAGUCAAAGUUCCUGUUAAAGGAAUCCUCAAGGAGUUUGAAGGCGGCCGAGCCCGCUUCCUCCCCAAGAUCGUCAUGAACCCGCAGAGUGGACCCUACGGCACUCCAAGCACUUUAAACCUGCCUCAGACUGUUCCCCGCAUGCAGGCACUCUCCCAGCCACAGCUGUUGGCCCAGAAGAGCCUCGCCCACCCUCAGAGCUUGCAGGCCCAGCAGGCCCUUCCCCAUCCCCAUACGAUGCAGCAGCAGAAGGUCCUAGCUCAUCCUCCCAGUUUACAACAGCAGCAAAGCCUGGGCCAUCAGCAGACUGUCCAUCCUAGCCUGGCUAGCCAGCAGCCUGCGCCUCAUCAUACUCUCAACCACCAACACGCCCUCGUGCAACAGCAGCAGCAGCACCACCAGUCAGGUUCACAGGGCCUCCGGCACCUUCCUGACAUGACUCAGUCAGCCUGCCUGCAGCACGCCCAGGGUUUCCCCCAAUCUCAGCAGGUUCCUCAAGCCACUGGUGCAGGCCCUCCAGCCUCCAGUGGCGUCAUGCAGCCACUGCAGCACCCACCAGGCAUGCAGGUUCCUGGCAAGCUCCCUGAUGCUGAUGCCCCUCCUAAUGUGACUGUGUCUACCUCAACUAUCCCGCUGUCUAUGGCUGCCAGCCUGCACCAGAACCGGCCCGGCGACCUGAACAGUAUCGUGCACCAGAUCAACCAGUUCUGCCAGGCCCGGGCUGGCGUGAGCGCUACCUCCGUGUGCGAAGGACAGAUUGCCAACCCCAGCCCCAUCAGCCGCAACCUGCUCAUUAACGCCAGCUCCAGAGUGUGCACCCACAACCCUCUACCCUCUUGCGCCCUCAGUAACACUUCAGACAAAGCUGGCCCCGUUCCUGCUCUAACACUGCCUAACAUGGCCGCCAUGAACAGGAUGCCUGCUUAUCAUGAUUUGAAGCAGCAGCAGGCCCAGCCUCAGUUGCCACAGCAACAACAACAACUUCAGCAGCGCUCAUGGAACCAGCAGCAGCUGGCUCACCUCCAGCCCCUGCAGGACGGAGCCCACCCCAGCAAGAAUCCACCCAGAGACGUGCCUGGCUUCCCCACCAAGAGCAUGAGUUACCCACAGGACGCAUGCAUGGGCCAGCCAUUUAGUCUGAAGCCCCUCAUAGACAAGCCCACACCCUCACCCCCAGUCAGUGCCAUGCCAGGGGCCAUGAAUUACAGCAAUGGGCACUACAUGCAGCCUCCAUGGAACAGCAUCUUGCCGACGCCAAACAGUGACAGCUCAGGGUCUCAGGACCUGGCUAUUCCAUUCCACGGGGGCCUUUCAGGGGCCUCCAUAGACUGCACCCCUGGUGCCCAGUACAGAACCGGGGCUGGUGCCUCGGGCCAGACAAACGUGAUGCAAACCAUGGAGUAUGUGGGCGGAGAUUUCCAGGCACCCUGCUUCCGAGAGCAGAAUGCGGCCAUGAUGAAGAUGCGCAGGCCUCCAGAUACAGGCGACAGUCGAAAUGUACAUAUUCAUCACCCAGGGUACAGAUGAGCUGCGGCCUGCUCAGACUAGUCAUCGUUCAGUGUUAGCCUCGAUGUAAGGAACCUAUCCCUGCUCCUCCUUUUUUGUUUCCAGUCUUGCAAGUGAUCUACUGAAUGUUUUCCACAUUUAUGGUAUUUUUCCAGAUUUCUUUUGACUGCUACAAAAAACCAUCACUAUACUCCUCUUAACUGUGUGCAAGCUUCCACUUGGCUCUUCUGAUUGUGUAGAUUAGAUUAAGAAGUAGCCUGUGUUGGCAUGUAUUUAUUUGCAUUUAAAGAGCACGCAACCAUAAUGGCAUCAUCGCAGUUGAUGAAAGCAGCGUCCGUUCUUUUCUGUGUGAGCUCAGCAUUCUCGUCUAGACUUACUCAGCUGACCUUUUCAGCUAGAUGUUCUCCUCUGGUUGCUUCCACAGACAUGGUUUUUGCUCAAGACAGUAUAUGGUUAGCAUAUAACAUGGUGUUAUAUUAUUUCUGUAGAGGUGUAUCAGUUAUUUUGGUGUAGUUUACUUAAUUUGUUUUUAAAGAAGUGCUAAUACUGACAGGCCACACUCACUGUUCACUGAAGAGAUUCUUUGGGGUGCCAUGUUUCUGAGAUGUGAGACUGUUUCUUCUGUGUUGUGAUCUGGCAUUUCUGACACAGUGAUCAGAGUUUUCCCUUUCAAUGUUUACAUGUUAGUUUGCGCUUGUAACUUUGAAUCAGUAAAAAGUGCAAAUUGACACUGGGAUAUGCACCUAUGACAAGACUGUUUCCUGAGGCUGUUGUACAUGACUUGGGCUCUUUGAUCGGACUGUUACCAUAAGGCUUUCUCAGUGUGAACCCCCCCCUUUUGUAUCAGCCAGCAUUGUGCCCUUUUGUGACUUUUGCUAGAUUUUCUGUUCUCCAAGUAUGCCAUUGGACUCAUUGUUAUUUUGUUGUAAAGUGGUGGGACGGUGCGUGCUUUGGAAAUUGUUUUGAAAUUGUUUUGUGCAGACAAGGCAUAGUUUGCUAUUUUGUAGUUUAUUUUUCUUUCCUUUUUUCCCCCUUUUGAUGCCGUUACUUGAGUUUCUAAGAAGAGGUGUUAUGUUUGUCUGUACUAGUUAAUAUUCACUACAGGUGUUUCCAACUUUUCAGGGUGUUAUGCAAAGACCAUCCUUCAUUUAUUUAAUUUCCAGAAAACGGCCAUUAAGUACAAGUUGUUUGUUUUUCAACAUCAGGGUUAAAAUAGAAAAUUCACAGGAAAUUACAUGGAAACCUCGACAACCAAUUAACAAUUUUUCAGUAUCUAUCUUGCUUUUAGUUUUUCACAAAAUCUGCAGGGAUAUUUUUCCACACUUGAAAAGUCUUAGAAGUUGGCUGCAUUUUAUGUUUCUCACAAUCCAAGUAAUCCCAAACACAUUCAGUGAUGUUGAGGUCUGGACUCUGAGGUGGUCAGGCCAUUGUUCUGAGAACACCAACAGUUUAUUUGUUGGAUUGACAUGUUUUCUUCUUUUUUGUCUAUUUCCCCUUCUCAGUAACGGCUCAUUGAAAUCUGCACAUCCUUUCAGACUCAUAAUGUUGAGUUGUCUUCUCACAGUGGAAGGAUGAACAGAAACAGCUGUGGAUUUUUCAGAUCUGAAUCAAAA